GCGGCGGCGCCAUUUUGCGAACGGCGAGCAGCGGCGGCGGCGCAGAGACGCGCAGCGGAGGUUUCUGGUUUCGGACCCCAGCGGCCGGAUGGUGAAAUCCUCCCUGCAGCGGAUCCUCAACAGCCACUGCUUCGCCAGAGAGAAGGAGGGGGACAAAGCCAGCACCGCCGUCCACGCCGCCCGCGCAAUGCCGCUCCUCAGCCUGCACAGCCGCGGAGGCCGCAGCAGCGAGAGAGGAUCCUUCCCCGACUGCUGUAGUCACCUGGGUCCGGGGCCUCGGUGGUGCUCCGAUGUCCCUCACCCACCCCUGAAGAUCCCAGGUGGGCGAGGGAAUAGUCAGAGGGAUCACAGUCUUCCGGCCGCCGCCGUCUUCUACUCCGACGAGCGGCUGCGCGUGACCGAGGAGCUCGCGUCCCACGGCAAGACGAGGAUUCUGAACGUGCAGACCAGGCUCUCGGGCUCCCGGCGCGUGGACUGGAGGGCGGUGUUGCGCGGCGGCUGCCUCUACGUGGAGAUCCCCAGCGGCGCCCUGCCCGAGGGGAGCAAGGACAGCCUCACAGUUCUCCUGGAGUUCUCAGAGGAGCAGCUGCGCGCCGCCCACGUCUUCGUCUGCUUCCACAAGAACCGUGACGACAGAGCCGCCUUGCUCCGGACCUUCGGCUUUUUGGGCUUUGAGAUUGUGAGACCGGGGCAUCCCCUUGUCCCCAAGAGACCCGACGCUUGCUUCAUGGCCUACACGUUCGAGAGGGAGUCUUCGGGCGAGGACGAGUAGUGGCACCGCCCGCGUCCCUCGCGCGUCGCCCCUGCAUCGCGGUUCCUUUGCGUGUGGCGCUUACUGUGGGGCGGGACCGGCCGCGGCGCCGCGAGUCAGGCCUGCUCCUGCGCGCCGGGUUUGUCCGCAUGUUGUGAUUGUGCAAAUAAACGCUCACUCCAAAUUAGCGGUGUAUUUCUCGAGGUUUAAUAUUGUGUUUGUGAUACUGGAGUAUUUGCUUUAAUUCUAAAUAAAAGUUUAUAUUUUACUUUUU